GGAGAGAGAGAAGAGGCCGAAGAAAAUUCUUUGCAGGCUCUGCAGGUUAGAUUUCCAGUCUCUGCAAUGCAUAGAAAACUCCAAACCUUGGUUCAUCUACACCACAUGGGUAGAAAGUUUGAUUUCUGAUUAAAAUUCUGUGUAAGUCUAAUUUUAAUGAGUAAAAAGUAGGUAGAAAAGUUUCAAUCUUGCUUAUGUCACUUUCUUAAUGAUUAAAGGGUUUAUUGGUGGGAAUAAAUUCCAUGAUUUGGGAGUUACUACAUGAGGAAAUUUUCAACAUGUGCAUGGUGUUUAGGAAUUAGGGGUAUAAAUUCUUGCUUACUGGUUUCCUCAAUGGUUAGAGACAUUUGUUUGUGUAUGCGAAAAUGGGGUUCACCUUUAUCCCUUCUAAAAACUCCUACAGUUGCAGAGGAAUUGUACCUUUUUGCUUUGCGGAGCACGUGUUUGAGAAUUUGACCCAAUGGUAACUUGAUAGAAGAGAACAAAAAGUGGCUGUAAAAAUGAAUUCUUGGGGUAAUUCUGUUUAGCUGUGGGCCUCUGCUGUGAAAAACUGUUAGUAGCAAAAUGAGUGCCUUUUGUCUAUUGGUGAAAGUUUUUUGGGGAUGAUUGAGAUGUAUCAAUUUGAUUAGUGUUAUUAUCCAUGUUGGACUUCUGGGGCUUUCUUCUUUGUUUGAUACCAUGGUGGUCCCUUUCACUCUUCACAUUCUUACACUGCCCUAAUUACUAUCUUACUGAUUUCCCAUCACCAAUUAUUUCUGCCCAUCUUUUUUCUUUGCAUUCCCGUUUCACCUGUGCAUUUUCCUCGAAAACUAUGUUUUGUUUAUAUAUAUUGAUGGCUCUGGGAGAUAUUUCUCAUGGCCACCAAACUUCUUCAUUAAUAUGGUCAGCACUUCACUAGAGGCUCACUGAGGCAAUUCACUGGUGUAUUCGAUUUCGUGUGGUUCUUGGCGGCAUCCGCUGUGGUUGUUGUUUAAGGCGGGCCUCUCUCUUGUUGUAUUUAUAACAAUAUAAUUGAGAUCUGAAAUAUUUGGAUUCUGAGCAAUGCAUCUGAAGUACUACUGAGUGGGAUUCAUAUUCCGGGAAUUGUUGUAGUUAGUGGUUUUUGGAAUCGAUUUAGACUAGAUGCCGGCUGAGGAAUCAAGUAGCUCCGUGUGGAGUAGGGAGCAGGAUAUACAAUUUGAGAAGGCAAUAGCUUCUUAUGGUGAGGAGUGUCCGGAUAGAUGGGAGAAAAUUGCAGCAGAAGUGGCUGGGAAAUCUGUGGAAGAGGUUAUGCACCACUACGAACUUCUAGUUGAUGAUGUAAACGAAAUCGAGGCUGGCUUUGUAGAAGUUCCAUGUUACAAUUCUUCUUCAGAUGGUUCGGCUGGUCAUGCUGGUGAUGAAGCAACUACUAAGAAGGGCGGCUAUUCUGGAAAUUCAAACAGUGACACAAAUCGGGGAUCCAAGUCUUCUAAGAUGGACCAGGAGCGUCGUAAGGGUAUUGCUUGGACAGAGGGCGAACACAGGUUGUUUCUCCUGGGACUGGACAAAUACGGUAAAGGUGAUUGGAGAAGCAUUUCUCGGAAUUUUGUGGUGACAAGGACUCCUACACAAGUGGCCAGCCACGCUCAGAAGUAUUUUAUUCGUUUGAACUCCAUGAACAAAGAUAGGAGGCGAUCAAGCAUCCAUGACAUUACCAGUGUCAGCUGCGGAAAUGUUUCAGAGCCUCAAGUUCCGAUCACCGGUCAAACUAAUGGUGGAGGUUCAUCUGGAAAACCUAUCAAAUCCCUCCCUCAAUCUCCUGUUGCUGCCACAGGAAUUGGCAUGUAUGGGUCUCCAACUAUGGGACAACCAAUCGGAGGGCCUAUUGUUUCAGCAGUCGGCACACCAGUAAAUCUUCCACCACCUCCGCACCUGGCAUAUCCAGUUCAUGGCUCCGUGGUUCCAGGUGCUCCGCUGAAUAUGGCUCCCGUGUCUUACCCAGUGCAGCGUCAUAGGUAAUUCCGGCUGAGAAUUAUGGCAGAUGCAUUUUUAUUUCAUUUUUAAUGUUAUAAAUUAGAAAUAAGCCAUAAACUGAACCCAACCUGUGUAGGCAAAUUAUGUCUCAAGUCAUCAAAGUUGACCUGUAUAGGCAAAUUAUGUCUCAAGUCUUCAAAGUUGUUAUGGUUGGACUUGUAAAAUGUAUACUAUUAUCUGUAACUUUAGAAAUAGAACAGUUUUAUUAGCCACUAA